UGGCAACCACGUGAGCUGUGAGCUGGGCGGUCCGGGCCAGCCUCCUUCGGGCGGAGACAAGGCCAGGCUACCCGCCUGCCCUCCCACGCCGGCCGCUUCCGCUCUUGCUCGCGUGCAAGUCAGCAUGGCCUGCUACGCUCCCGAACCCUAAAGGCGUCCUGGCUUACAAGCCGAAAGAGUCAUUUCCCCCAGGCAACCCCCACCCCCACCCCCAGGAAAAUCACGCCGCCUGCCUUGUCAGCUAGAAGCCGGCGCAGCCCGGCUUCCCCAGGCCCCGCCUCGGAACCGCCCCCGCCCGCCGCCGCUCAGGGCUCUAGGUCCCUGUACAAAAUGGCGGCCAGGCCUGCGGAACCAACCAUAGAGACUCCCGCCUUCCAAAGACAGAGCGCCGGCUCGUAAGGGCGUUUGCCCCUCCCGGAGAGGCGUGUCGGCGCCCUCUUGCCGAGGGGGCGGGAACACCGUGCGCCUCCGAGUGCCUUUCUAGACCAAUGAGCCGUCUCGGUGGUGCCGGGUCCUCCGAGCUGGGUCACGUGGCCGGCGAAACCCGCGGCGGAGGCUGGGGGAGGAGAAAUGGGCAGGAGGCCCGGGGAUAGCUUGAGAUCCCACGACGACGGGGUUGUCAUGGAGUUGCUGGGCCGGGCUUGCGCAUGCGCCACCUUAGUCCUGAGUUGUCUGGUCGUGGAGCGGCGACCCCGGUCCUAGGGAAGUCCAGAUGAAAAGAGUCCUGAUGCGUCCAGUUCCAGCCCAGUAAAACAUGGAGAGGAAGAGCUCAUCCAGAGAGGGCCCUAGAAGGCUCUCGGCCAAACUAAGCAAAGGCACAGAGAUGAAAAAAGUGUCUCGUCAACUCGGCAUGGCAGCUGCUGAGUCAGAUAAGGACUCUGGAUUUUCAGAUGGGAGCUCAGAAUGCCUGAGCUCGGCAGAGCAGAUGGAGUCCGAGGACGUGCUGGGCGCCUUAGGCUGGAGCCCAGAGGACCGGCCGAGGCCGAGCUCCAAGCCUGUGAGCGCUGCCUUCCCGACGCUGUCCCCCAUGGUUGUCAUGAAGAACGUGCUGGUCAAACAGGGCGGCAGCUCAUCGCAGCUCCAGUCGUGGACCGUCCAGCCCUCCUUUGAGGUGAUCUCGGCACAGCCGCAGCUCCUUUUCCUCCAUCCGCCCGUACCGUCUCCUGUCAGCCCCCGUCACGCGGGUGAGAAAAAGUCGGACUCCAGGAACUACCUGCCCAUUCUGAAUUCUUACACCAAAAUAGCCCCACACCCAGGCAAGAGGGGCCUUCCCCUCGGCCCGGAAGACAGAGGAGAGGGCGGAAUGCAGAAGAAGAUCUGCACGGAGAGACUCGGGCCGAGCCUGUCCUCUGGUGAGCCGACCAAGCCUGGCGCUGUGCCGUCCAGGCCCCCGACCCCCGUGCCCCCCAGUGCCAAGCUCGCCGAGGACUCGGCUCUACGGGGCGUGCCCUCCCUGGUGGCGGGCGGAAGUCCACAGACUCUUCAGCCGGUGUCCAGCAGCCACGUGGCUAAGGCCCCCAGCCUGACCUUCGCUUCCCCCGCCAGCCCUGUCUGCGCGUCAGACAGUUCUCUGCAUGGGGUGGAGAGCCACCCGCCGCUGUCCCCCCUGUCAGCCAGUUACAGCUCCCCUCUGUGGGCCGCGGAGCACCUCUGCCGCAGCCCAGAUAGCUUUGCAGAGCAGCGGCAGAGCAAACACAGGCGCUUUCAGAAUACACUCGUGGUCCUGCACAGGUCUGGUUUGCUGGAGAUCACUUUGAAAACCAAGGAGUUGAUUCGUCAGAACCAGGCAACUCAGGUGGAACUAGACCAGCUGAAGGAGCAGACCCGGCUGUUGGUAGAGGCCGCCAAGAGCAGGGCCCUCAGGCUUGGGCCAAGCUGCAGGCAUCUUUAAUGUCAAGGUCAGGUCAUGCUGGCAGCAACCUAGACAUGUUCUCUGAUCAGCCAGAUAUAUAACGUAGAAAACAUGUUUUCCUGUUACUUGAGUGGUUCUUUUUAACUCUUUUACUGUUACCCACUUCUAUUUCCAAAGCCUACGUAAGAGCUUUCCCUCUAAACUUAAACUGUUCAGCAGUUCACUUAUGAAGCCACGUGCCAGUACCUGGCUGCUCUCACCCUGAGGUCUAUGCAGUUUACCUUUGUCUCCGUUCCACCGAGGACCUCAGAUUGGGGUGUCCUUGAGUCCCUCUUCUUUAGCCUGCAGGCACUUAGAUGGAUCACAGGGCAGAGCGGGAGAGAUGACUGUGUGGGGCCCGCCUAGCUGUCACCUCCCACCCUCCCACUCACUAACCCUGAUCAAGGAUGCAGUGACAUGGGUGAGCAUACAGAGCGACACCUGUUAAGCCAGGGAGUAGGUGACAUCAGGAGCCUUCUGUGGAUCGUCCCUUGAAGGCCUUAGUUGCAGAGGAAAAAUAAGAGGAGGGUUUUUGCAUCCCCCAGGCAUGGGACAGUUUGGGAGGAACCUAAAUGCUUUGGGCAUGGAUUGGCCCUUGGGUAUAAGCACUUAAAGCUUUGGUUUUUUUUAACUCGAAAGUCAAGGGGAAAGGGUAGUACCAUUUAACUUUUACACUUUAAUGACAAGCCAGAUUCCUCUUAAACUGAGAUUUGCGAAGUAUGGAAUGCAUUUAGGUCCAUCUGGAGCUACAGUUGAUGAAUUGCUUUUUUGACUUAGACUCUGAAGAAAGGAGGAAUGGCUAGCAUCUCUUGGCUGGGAGCUGGAAGAUUCUGGUAAUUUAUGCUUUUUUUGUCUUUUUGUCUCUCUCUUCUUUUGAAACAAUGCAACCUGUUUUAUGUGUGAAAAUCUUAAAGACAGCCUCAUGGUUCCUGGUAGUAUAAUACAAGUCAGCCCUCUGCUACCACCUUCUGUAAAAACAGAAGGGGAAAGAGAUGAUUAUUAAGCUUGAUAAACUUUGAAUUAAAAUUAUCAUAAGGUUAUGGCAUAUAAGUUCACCGAAAAAUUGGAAACCAUUCUUGUUAUGUUGUUUCCACAUCCAGAGUUUUCAUUUGUCUUAUGCCACAGGGAUGUGGAGUGGAGGCUUCCGUGUUUCCCUUAUGCUUUGGAUUUUGGCAGCAAAGCCACAUGCGUAGUGAGUCAGGUGAAGUCCAUCUAGAACGGGAGAGUAUUAUAGGAACUUCCAUAUUAUACACACUCUUUAGCCUCAUUGUAGACCAGAUUUCUAAGUAGUAAAGUUGCCAACUUUUUAUCCUCCCAUGUAAAAAUUUCAUCCUCUUGAAAAUCUUUGUUCAGAUUCAUGAGAAGUUUUGUAUGACCACCUUUAUCUUUUCUGCAAGGAAAAUGUUCUUAAAGUUCUACCAAGGCCAGAAGCUGAUCUUCAAAUUUACAAGCUAGUUGUAACUCUGACAUACUUUCAGAAUUACAAGGCUUCCGAUUUCUUGCAUUUUGUUUUCAAGUCUGUGUGGUUUAGAUAUGACCAAUUUAGAAAUAACUCGGUAAAAUCUCUAGACUCUCCUGAUCAGUGCAGAAUUAUUACCUGCCAUUUGCUUUCUGUAAGAAUUUCAAAAAUCAGAGCAAAUGUGUCUGUGAGCAGACUUGGCUCCUUUUAAUAUUUUUCUCCUGGCCCACUCCCUGUGCCUGCCCUGAAUCUGUGUGGUGCUACAGCAGCUCUGCCCUGCACACCAUGCUAGGAAGCUUCCUUUUUGGCAGAAUAUGUUUGGCAGCAAAGCUAUAGAAACAGGUGCAUUUAGAACAGUCUGGGCACCAGUUAUGAGUCUUACCGAGUCAAAAAUCUGAGCACUUGCUGAGAACCAAACUGAUUCCACUGGAAAAACCCUCUGUGGAGCUGCACACCUCUUGGACUCUUCUUCCUAGAUGAAGGUUUGCAUUUCCCUCCUGUCACAGUAAAAGGCAUUGAAAGCCACCGACCCUCGCUGCUGUGUGGCAGGGAGAAGCAGCACCAUCCCCAGCACUUAUGGUCCUGUAACUCGGUGCUGGAAUUCUCUCAAGGCUGUUAGCAUGGGUGUUCUUUUCCUAGUGGAUGGAGCAAUAAACUGAUGAAGCCAAGUAGAGAAGCUAGGCCGUGGAAGGAAAGAUCCAUUGAGGCUAGCAGAAGCCUCACGUGGGGCCAGAAGCCAGAUCAGCAAUGGAGGCACCUCGGAGUUGACCAGAAGGAUCUCCGUUGUUUUCACGAGGCUGUAAGUAGCGAUGGUGGUGGCGAUGCGUGAUCUGAUCUGGCGUGGAGCUCUGUGGCAAAGCUGCUGUUUCUGAAAGUGAGAAGCCAUUCUCAGCUCAACCCAACGCUUAAGAGAAGUUUUGGCAAAUCGUGUCAGCAGUUUGGAAACAUGUAGAAAAAGCUGCUGAUUGAAUCGGUUAUGGGAACGGAGUUGAGUGGCGUUUGUAACUUAUUACACUCUCAUUGCUCUUUAUUGAGUAUGGCGUUGUCUGACCUUACUCUGAUUCCUUCUGCCGAAAAGUAACUCUCGUGCGUAUGUUGAAGUGUUUUUCCAGCUAUGAAUUCUUUAGGAUAGAGAUUUAUUUACCAAAUGUGAAGUCUUUUGAGGAAGUAUGAAGUUUUGUAGAAAUUAACUGUGAAAUGUCAGAGAAUAAUAAAAGUCACUUACUUGAAGACUGCUUGACCUUUUGGCUUUAUAACCACUUAGAAUACUAAGGGAUGUCAAGAGUAAAAGUCCCAUUUAGGCUUCACCGUCUUACUCAUGUCAUUUGUGGGUAUUGGAAUUAGAUACUGAACUUGGGGAAAUUCUUUGUUCAGACUCUCACCAGUGUGAAUUUCAAAGAGAUGCAGGCACUCUUAAGGCAAAUGGAUAGUCCAGCGUUCCCUCGAAUCGUGGAGGUUUGUAUUGGGUAGGUUGGGAGGAGAGAGGAGGGUAUAAUCCAGUGGUUUCUUCCAUCUGAUAAUGACACUUUCACAAACAGAAUUUUUCUACAUACUAAUUUUUUUUGAUUUAUAUAUAUAUAUAUAUAUUUAAUACAGUUUAUUUUUUCCAUUAUACCUGGUUUACAGUGUUCUGUCCAUUUUCUACUGUACAGCAUGGUGACACAUACAUGCAUACAUUCUUUUUUCUUACAUUAUCAGGCUCCAUCCUAAGUGACCAGACAUUUCCGAGUGCUACACAGCAGGGUCUCAUUGCUAAUCCAUUCCAAAGGGAAUAGUCUGCGUCUCUUAACCCCAAGCUCCCCAUUCAUCCCACUCCCUCCUCCUCCCCCUUGGCAACCACAAGUUCUCAUGUCCAUGAUUUUCUUUUCUGUGGAAAGGUUCAUUUGUGCUGUAUAUUGGAUUCCAGAUAUAAGUUGUAUCAAACAAUUUUUCAAUGACAGAGUUCCUGCAGUUGUCUACCAGGCUAAACUAAAGCCACUUUAGUAGCAUUGAGAACUAUGUCUAGAUACUCAUAUUGCAGCAGAACGAAGGGUGGGGGGAAAAAAUGUAUGCAUGUAAGGAUAACUUGAUCCCCUUGCUGUACAGUGGGGGGAAAAAAAAGCCACCAGGUGAAGUUCUUUCUACAGCAGAGUGGUCCUGAGUGAGUACAUCUCUAGCCCCUUCCUUCAUGCUUCUCCGAGUUGCCUCUGAAGGCUCUGCUCCUCCUCCUCAAGGUUGAGCGACCGAGUCUCAGCAGGGACGUGUGUAGAGUCUCCCCUGCUCUCCCGGCCAGUCAGGACACCUCUCCCGGGAUUCUUGUCAGUGGAAAAGUAAAAAGCUUAUCCUCGUUUACAGGCCUGGAGGUUUGCCAUAGUCUAAUUCUUACAGCUUUAUUUUUGUCCUACAGAAUUUUCUAAGUAACUUUUAAAAAUAUGGCUGUAAGACCACUGAAAUGAAAUAAAACUGAGUAAAGAUGGCUAGAAGAGGCCGCUCCUGAACUAGAACCACCCUCCCAUAAGAGAUGGAAUCCAGGGACACGGGAGCCCAGAGUGGUUGCUGCGAGGCUGGGGAGAGCCCUGCUACAGGCGUCUAGGCGCAUCUUGUGUGGCAUUGCUACAGGUUGUUGCCUGGCGCGCGGGGGGGGGGGGGUCUUAAGACCUGCAUGCUCCUGUUGUAGCUGUCACUCAUUAACUGGGUGGCUCUGUGUAGGUCACUGAACCUCAAGGUUGAAUAAUAAAGAAUUGGAGUUGGUUCUGUCUGCGGUGCUUCCUGACUAACCAUUUGCGAGAUCUCUAGCUGUGUCACAGCUAAGCCAUAAAAGUAUGGGUCUUCCUCACUUUACCUUGGGGUUACAUCCUGAUAAGCCCAUCAUCAUAAGUUGAACAUAUUCUGAGUCAAAAAGGCAUGAGAUUAAAAAAAAAAAAAAAAAAAAAAAAAAAA